AUGGAGUCUCCCUUUGGGAGCCAGACGCAAGCAGGCGGCGUGCCCGGCAGCCAAGACAUUACCGCCCCUGUCGCGGCCGGUCCGGGCCAAGGGCCGCCGCCGCCAUCCAUCAAAUCGCCGCCGCCUUUUGCAAGGGACCGAACACCAGCGCUAUUUUCGAGGACGAGCCAUGAUAGCAGCAGCUUGACACCAGUCACGCCUGCCGGUCCCGUCAGCCUCAACAUGGCUGCCAGCGACUUUGUCGGGACAAAUACCCGGCCAGUCCUGACAAGCCAGGCUGGUCAGGCCUCUGCCGCGGCUGGUCCGUCAAGGCAGACAUUGGAUGCGCCCCCUGCGCCCCGGCAGUUUCCCCUGCGGCUGGCGCAGGAGCAGUCACCGCCACCGACGAGCACUAGUCCACCGACGAAGGUGCUCAACCGGCCACGCAAGCGACCAGCCAAGCUGAGCCUCAUCGUGGCCCCCGCUGCUCCCAGCAGCGCCAUCUCUUCGCGCAUCGCAGCCGGCAACAACAGCGCGCUCGAUGCUCCCCAGAGAAGCUUCUCGAGCCGUUCAGUACCCAGCUCGCCAAGUGUGUCGAUUCCGCCAUUGAAAAAGGGUGACGAGGGCGGCCACCAGCUCCCAUCGCAACAAGAGGAGGAAAACAAGCAGCUUCGGGACAACCUCCGAGGUGCGCCUCGAAGGAGGCCCAGUGUGCCGUUUGGCUUGAGAAUAGCGCCGCCACCUGCCCUCAUCAUCCCGAAGAAGUCUUUCACCGCAAUGGCUCCUACGGCUAACUCGCCAUCACCCUCUGCUGGAGGAGCACGGCAGCCGCCCAUCUGGCAAGAUCCUUCGGAGCACAUCCUUUCGGGAAAUGGCUCCUCGCUUCAGCAUGCCAGAUCUGUCUAUGCGGCCGGGCCCGUCGAGGUGCUGCCUGGCCUGUUCCUCGGCGACGAGUUCAAUGCCUGUGACGAUCGCUGCCUUGCCGAUCGGGGCAUCACGACUAUCCUCAACGUCGCAAAGGAGACGACGCUCCCAUUUCAGUUUGAAAAGGGCGUCACGGAGGAUCCGUCCAGCCUCGACCUCUCGCGCCGCUUUGAGGAGCACCUCAAGCUGAGAAGGAGGAGCGAGGUGACGACGCCGACAAGUGCAACGAGGAGCAUCAAGCCUGCGGUGGCAAACGUCGUCGAGGACACACCCAUGACGGCCACGCACGAGGUCUUUUUCACUCCCGUGACGGCCUUCGCUCCCCCCUAUAGCCCUAUCGCAGCAAAGUUGGAAAACACAGAGGACCAGCGGGCUCGCAGGGCCCGUCCCGUGUCGAUGCUGCCGACGUCAAGGACAGACUCGACGAUCGUUGGGCUCCAGCGAGACCAGAAGCAGCAACUGCAGCAGCAGCAACGGGAUCGGGGGGAUGUCAGUCCGACUCAACCGCCCACCCCGUCGUCGUCCAUUCUGCGCAAUACGACGUCGACGCCGAAUCUCUUUUCACGUUUCUCUUCCUCGGCCAUCACGAACAAACGGCGCAAUAGCAAAAUGGACAAAGAUAGCGACGAUGAGGAUGAAUUCGUCGACACGAGCGACACGCCUCUCUUUGACACAUCGAUGACGCCUACGGAGAACCGUGAAUUCUCUCAUGACCGCGAGCUGGCCCGGCUCAAGCUUAAUAGCUUAGCUUCAAUGAGCGUGGACGAGGAAGACAGAGCUUCUGGCUCGCGCACGACAUCUCCCUUAUCAUCGCACCGCUCUAUCUAUUCCGAGGACACUACCCCUCCAAGCCCGACGCUGGCAUUGCCCGACGAUGCACAUGGGAUGUACAAGGCGUACGACUCGGAAGUGUCGCCAUCGUCGUCAUCGCGCGAGGGCGCGAGGGCGGCGACGACGAGUUCUUCGACAGCCACCACGACGGCGGCUACCUCGUCUUCCAGCUCGCCCAUCUCCGCCGUUGCUCUUCCUCCCAAUGCGAUCGCCCUCAAGAUCCCACCGAGCCCAUCGUCGGGCAGAAAGGAGGAGUUGCGAUACGUCAAGCUUCCUUGGACCCACGACGAGAUGGAUCUCGCUGCCGUCGAGACGGGCGGCUUCGUCGUUGGUUGCUCCAUCAUCGCUCAAGCUCUGGGCAUCGAUCUGACAUCUGGCCAAUUCUCGGCCCAGCACGAGGCGAAGCGCGGGAGUAUCCUCGUGCACUGCCAGUGCGGUGUCAGUCGCAGCGCGACGCUGGUUAUUGCCUUUGUCAUGCAGGCUGCUGCGCUUGGCUAUCCCUUUGCUGAGACCAAGAACUUGACGGGCAUGCACGACUGCUACGAAAUGGUCAAGGAUCUCUCGUCGAGCAUCAGCCCCAAUUGCAGCCUCAUCUACCAGCUCGUCGAGUGGGAGCGCUAUCUCUCAAAGGAGGCAGCCAAGCGACGGGAGGCUAACAUGGCGGCCAACUUUCCGUCAGCUUCAGUCUCGACUUCCUCUGCGUCUGCGUCUGCGAAUGCUUUGGCCCUGAAUGAGGCCACGACAUUGUCUGCCGGCGACAAUCCACAAGCGGCCCACGGCGAGUACAAACCUCAGGCCAAGGGCUGGGGCAAAGAGGCAAUGGACGAAGAGGACUGGACCCGGAUGAGGCUCGAGGAAGAGCGCAAGGAGGCGCAGGAAGACGAGUCGAAUCGACAGCGAAGGCUCCAGGAAGCGGUAGAGCAACGAAAGAGGGAUCGAGAGCGGGAGCGGGAGCAAGGCGCCAUCGAUGGAGCAAGCCCUUCCUCUUCUUCGUCGCCUUCCUCGGCUAGCGGUGGUGGCCUAGGAGCUAGGAGGAAGAAGAAGGCACCCAGUCUCAAUCUCGAAACAAGCGCCAGGGCCGGGAUCGAGAAAACGGCCCUUGAGGAAGCAGUUGUCUCUGCACCCGCUGUGUCUAUCCAAAAGUUUAGCACCAAAGCUUCUACACUCGGUCCUACGCGCGAAAGCGACGAGGAAAGGGAAGAGCCGCAAGAGCGACAGGAGCCGUCGGAGCCGGACCGUCGGGCCGCUGAGGCUGAGCGACGUGAGCAAAUACGGGCUCCUGCUCCUGCUGCCUCUCUGUCGCCCGAGGCUGCAUUGCUGUCACCAUCAAAGUCCAUGCCAGGAGCCCUACCACUGCCUUCACCCUUCGACUAUGUCGAGAAUACGCCAACGACGGCCUCCCCACGGACACCCUCGACGGCGCUCAGCAAUAACCUGCUGCAGAACGGGGGCGGAAAGACUCGUCCCAGGUCGCUGCAAGCUGCGCCCUCGGGCUAUGCCGCCGGUCGACCAGCCACUUCGCCAUUCAAUGCAAAGGCGUCUGCGCCCAUGACGACGACAUCUUCAAGCUCCUCUGGCGUGUUCGGAGCCGUGGGCCAGUCGGCGCAGGAACGCAAGGCAAAGCACCGAAGGACAUUUUCCAGCGAAUUGCCUAGCUGGAAGUCUGCCUCGUCGCUCUCUGUCCUCCUCGAUCAGUCGGCAGGUAGCAGGAGCAGCGAAAGAUGA